CUGUCCUGAUAAAGAGUUGGAGGCUGUUAGAGGGUAAUCAGAUCUGCAAUGACAUUACACACAUGGUGAAUGUGAGGAAAUCCGAAGAUGACGUGAUGAUAUUAAAGAACAUGUGAGCUUGUCUUGGAUUACAUUCCUGAUCAACUCUGAAUGGGAAUACUGAGCAGCCGUGAUGGAAUACUAAUAACAGUCAGCGUCCUCUCGUCAGCAGACAAGAACUUCACGCACAAUAAUAACUCUGUGUCCUGAGGAGCCAGCUUUGGUGAGGGCUCUUCCACGAUGAGAGACCGCUUGGAGGAGCUGCAGCAGAGGGCUCAAGACUUUUCUGAGGCAGCCAGUGAGGAUGCCAACCCUUUCUCAGCGGAGGGCAACGAUGACGACUCUGUGGUGGUCGGGGUCAUAACGCCACAGGCUGUGGUGUUCGAGGAGGAGCCAAUCAUAGAGAAUUUCCUGUCUGAGGCUCAACAAAUCCGAGAUGAUAUCACAGUGCUGGAGACUGAGGUUCUUAAAUUCAGCCAGCAGCAAAAAACCCUGGUGGCAACAAUGCGUCGUUUCAGUGUGAUGAAGAAAGAGAGCAGCAUAACCCGGGACAUCAAGCUCCAGGCUGAAAGCCUCCACCGACGCUUAGAUGCCCUUUCAAAGCAGGUCCAAAGGACUGAGGACCAGCAGGGACCUAAUGCUGUUACCACGAGAAUACAACGCUCCCAGCAUGCAGCAUUGCACCGCAAAUUCCAGCAGGUUAUGCUGCAGUACAAUGAAGGUCUGCUGACCAAGCAGGAGCGCUGUAAGCACUUCAUAAUCCGGCAGCUGGAGGUAUCGGGAAGGGAUGUGACGGAGGAGGAAGUGAAUGAGAUGGUGGCCACGGGAAAAUGGGAGGUCUUCAAUGAGAACCUGCUAAAUGAUGCUAGAAUCACACGAUCACAACUAUCUGAGAUUGAACAGCGACACAAGGAAUUGUUGAGCCUGGAAAACAAUAUGAAGGAGCUGAGGGACUUGUUCAUGGACAUUUUCAUGCUGGUGGAGGAGCAAGGGACCUACAUUGAACACAUCCAGACCAAUGUGGAGAGGACACAGGAUUACGUGGCUGCAACUAAUGAGAAGUUCAAGUUGGCGGCCAGGUACAAGAAGAAGAACCCACUUCGCCAGCUGUGCUGCUGCUGCUGCCCUCCGUGGAGAUGCUGCCUAUAAAACACAUGCAUUUUUACCGCGAUGGUCAUUCCCAAUAAAGUUUUAUUUCAAAAGUCUCACUUACCUGUUGGGAGUAAGCAACGUUUGAGUCAAGCACCAUUAAAGUGAAGGUUAUGGUACUGCAGUUUUUGCUGUUGAACAGAGCAACGGCGAAGACAGAUUCAGCAGAGCAUAGAAAACAAUUAGGGGGAAAAGGCCAGAAUUGGUAUUUGAAGCACUUGUUUCUUUCAAGAGGAUGUGAGACGACUACUAUUGGAAGAGACAGUUCAGUGAGUGCUACUCACCAACACUGCUGCUUAUUGGAGACCUUCACUGUCAUCUGACAGAGGUCACAAACAAGAGGAGACCGCAGCCUCUGCAAGAUCAGCAAGACCGAUAUUUCACCUUUUUUUUUUU